AUGACAAACGAAAGACUCCUUUGUGUUGAAGAUGCAAGGUUUACAAGUUUUGCAUUGCCACCGACUGAUAUAAAGAACUUGGAUAAUGGCAUCGCGGAUCAAAAUCGAUUGGUGCUGGACAACACACAAAAAGACAAAUCUCCUUCAGCAGUACAGCGCAUUUUAGGCUCUUUAAAAUUGUCACCGAAAACCCGACGCGAUUCACCAGUAAAUGACAAGGACAAGCUGCAAGUGCCAAAAAAACCAAACGCUAAUGGUGGGUCAACAUGCGGUCACUUAACGCUUGAAUACCGUAAACACGCAACAAUAUCGACGUCCAGUUCGGACUAUCCCGAGACGGACUCCUUUUCGGAUUCUACCUACUCGCAAAGCUCAGAUGCAUCGGUCAAUUCAAAUACGACCUCCACCGAUUCAGACAACAAUCGGAUAUUUCAGCAAGGUAUUGCAGCCAAAGAUCGGAUUUCCCUGAAGCAAAAGAGUGAUAUUAUAGACGUGGAUGAGGGAUUUUUAAGAAGAGUUUUGAUGUUAAUGAAAGUUGUUUUAUAUUUAAGGCACAGCUUUCCUCUUAAUCUGCUGCGGAGAAGAAAGGUUUUUCCCGAGAGCAGGAAAAGAGAAAUAAAAUUUCCUGACAGUUUGAGUGUCAGUUCCUAUGAAUCAAGCGACUCGCAAGAUUCGAGUGUUUUCAGCGGGAGGAGCCCGCGGGCGAGAAAACGCAUAUCUUUCAGUCCAAUUACAUUAUUAUUUUCCGCUAUUACAGAAAAAGCAUUCACUGAGGCCAAAGCUAUUUUAGAAGAACAAGAGCUAGACAUCAAUUCGCAAACACCAAACGGACAAUCGUUGCUUCAUAUUGCUGCUGCAAACGCAGAUUUAAAAUGUGUUCAACUUCUUCUCCAACACGGUGCUGACGUGAACGUGAAGGACACAAAUGGUUGGAGCCCGCUACACGCGGCAGUGAGGCGAGGCAACUGGAAAUGUGCUAUUCUUUUGAUUGAAGCUGGGGCAGAUUUCGGAGACUAUGCGCAAGCAAGAAUUCAAGAAUACAAUCAAGUACUUCAAAUGUCGACGACCUUUUACAGAUCAGUGGAGAUUUUUGUGUGA